UAGAUCUCUGACGUACAACGGUAUGUAGACUCAUAAACACAUAUGAAAUGACGAAAUGUAGUUGCCUACAUUUGGCGUAAGACUUGCGACUUGCUUGACAUUGACAUUUCAAAUUAUGAUAAAUGAUUUAAAAGUGUUUACAUUCUUUAAAAGACAGAUUUUUUACAAAAAAUUUCUUAUUUUUGUAAUCCAUAAACUAAUUUUAUGUGCCUAAGCCCAAAACUAUUAUUCAACAAGAACAAUGGAGUUAGAAGGAAAGGACAGUGAAGAAAACAAACGAGAAAAACGUCGAAACAAAAAAAAACAGGAUUUAAGUGACGAUGAAAGAAAACUACUACUUCAAUGUGCCAGCAAAUUUCAAUUACAUAAAUAUUAUGAAUCUAUAGACAAUAUUAAAGGUACAAUGAAUGCGAAAUGGAUCCAGUGUUCGGAAAUAUUCAAAGAUAAAGGCUAUGAAAGGACAGCUGAAAAAUUAGGGAAUCAAUACCAACCUCUUAAACUGCAGGCAAUUAAGAGCAUGUCAACUUUUUAUGUUCAAAGAUGUGGUGUGAAGCCCACAAAACUAGAUUAUCUAUUUGCAUAUUUAUUUCCGAAGUAUUUUGAUGACCUCCGUUUGAAUAUGGAUGAGUUGAUGGCAGAUGCUAAAGUAAAUGCAGCAGAAAUCCUAGAAAGUUUAGCCUCUACUGAAGAUCAAGAACGCCCUAUGAAGGAUACAGCAUCCUUAGAACAUUCAAACGCCGUAGAACCUCAACCAAAUUUAAAGAGACCUCAUGUCCAGGAAGCUGAAGGACCUGCAAAUAAAAUCACCAAAGAAGUCCACGAAGACGAAGCUGCUUGGCUCAAAAGAAUGUUGGAUAUAACACGAGGAAGAAACAACUGUGAAUCUACAACAACCGAAUCUCUAACGAAUGAAAACAAUUCUUCAACAGAAGAAAUAAAUGCACUUAAGGCCAAACUUCUAGUUAUAAAAAACAAGAUAAAGGAGCAAGAUCAUCAGCUUGAACUCAAAAAUUUAGAAAUUUCACAUUUGAACGAACUUCACACUAAGAGCUUAGAAUUAGAAAAAAUGAAAUUUGCACUACAGCUGCAAAUGGUUGAAAAUAAAAACUAGCUUUAGAUGGAA